AUGUCUGCUUUUUCAGUGAGUGCUCUCUAUGGAUCUCACGGGAGAGCUGUUGCCGAGUACAUACAGGCUUCAGAUGAGAUUGUCGUGGGCCUGGGAAGGCGCAUAAAAGUGCUAAAAGUCAGAACGGGAGUCAGCAAAGUCCUGAACAUAGAAACCGAGUCUGAAAUAGUAAGUAUUUCUGCUGAGAAAGAUACGCUUUUAGUUCUCGACGAGUCCAGAAAAGUCUAUUUGUACAGUCUCCUGCGGGGGGUCGAACUUGGCAGAAUGAAAACAAACUGUACCAUUUCUGUGAAGUUGGUGGACGGGAUGAUAUAUAUGGAGAAUGCCGGAUACUUUGAGGAGUGGGUUGUGGACCCGGGGAGAGACUUUUUGUUUCGGAAAGUGCGGCACAUCGUGGGGCACCAGGACAGCGUGCAUUUCAUAGAGAAAUCAGGCUCUGGGGUUUUGACGGGGUCGCUGGACGGGGCUCUUAGGGAAUAUUUGCCUGAAAAAGAAUUUUCAGGGGAUGAAAACCUGAUUUCCGUAUCGGGAAAUGAUUUAAAAAAUAUUUGUCACGUGAGAAAGAGCGAUGGAAAGUCCGUGCUUGUGGCAAAAAGCAAGAGCCGCGUUCUUGCAGCCAGGAAGAUAGAGGGCUCUCUCGUUAUCGUGUACGCAUCCGGGGAGAUUGCCUUCCUCGUGAAGAUGGAAAGUGCGUGGGAAGUCACGAACAGAAUUUUCACAAGAAUUGACAUAAAAUGCGCAGAUGUUUCCCCUUUUGGAAACACCGUUGUUUUUUCAGACCCGGCAGGCAACAUUUCUCUAUACAACACACAGUCCCAGAAAACAAUCGCCUCAAUAACCCUGGAGAACGUAUCCGCCCUGAAAUUCACACACGAAAACUGGAUUCUCGUCUCAGGAAGUGGAUUCACCGUUUGGGACCCGCUUUCCUCGUCUCUCCUCUACGAAUACAGCACGCACGAGCAGAAACACGUAUCUUUGAGGGCAGAAACUGGAGACUUUCUCUCCGCAAAUGCGCUUGGGGAUGUCUUUGUCUGGUGCAAAACAAGCACAAAUUGCACCCGAAGGUUCGCCCACCACAAAUCAGCAGCUAAAAUUGUGCCUUUAAAAAGGGCAUUUUUAUCCGUCUCCAGCGACAGGUUCGUGCUUAGUAAGUACACAGGAGAAAUUCUAAAAAGCAAAGACCUGAAAAUAACGGCAAUUGUGGCAGACUCAGACGGGGAAGUUCUGGCUCUUGCUUCUACUGGGGAGAUGCAGAUCUGGGACUUGACCCGGGUAAAACUUCUCCAGGAACUUUCUGUGGAGUUACCGGUUUGCAUUUCCGUUGAGUUUGGGCGAGUUCUUUUGCUGAGCGUAAAUUCAAUAUCUGUAUUCGGAGUCCGCCAGGAAAGCAUUUCCCUGCAGGAGAGUGUGAGUGCAGGAUGCAUCGAGAGCGGGCGCAUUUUGUGCGUGGGAGAGUCUGGGAUCUUGUACGAGUACGACGAAAAGUUGAAUGAAAUUGCAAGUUUUAGGGUCUUACCUGAAUUUAUGACCAAAAUGGGAAAUAUUUCCAUUUUAGGAAUGACCGCCACAAAAGAAGAAAUAAUUUUAACGUAUAAGAUCAGAGUGCCUGAUAGAAUUACCCAGUUUAGAGAUAAGCUGGUCUGCAAGGUUUUCCACGGGAGGUCUGAGCUCAGUCUCUGGACAGUCUCUGAAAAUGCAGGAAACUCCUCCGGAGAAGUCCGAGUUGACGAGAGAGGGCACAUUUUCAUCUGCACAGACGCAGGGAUCCUGGAGUUCUCUGAAAGGGAGUUCCCCGGGGGAGUUUGGGUCGCAGAAACUCCAAAUCAGGUCCGAGAAAACCUGAAAAAACCUGAAAAUAUUUUGCAAAGUUUUUCACAGGCAAUUUCUCUGGAGGACCCUGAAAUUAUCCGAGAGAUUUUGGAAAUGGGAGAUCCGGAGGUGCUUUGCUCGUACGUUCCAGAGCAGCUUUUGGAGAAAAGCGUCUCUUUGAUCCUCCACGCAAUUUCUGACGGACUUGCGGAGAGGGGAUUGAAGGCUCUUCGCGUGGUUUUGCAGAGACUUCGCGGGAGGGAGGGACUCGAGAGAGUCAGACCUGCCCUGGAGAUGGCUUUGCGACGGAUAGUUGCACUGGCCCACGAGACAACGGGAUUUUCUGAUGCAAUUCAGGAAUUCGGACACCUUUCAGGUUAG